AUGAGAGCAGCCCCCUCUUCCGACCCUCGGAACCCUCCCCGGGCCCGGCCGUCUCGGGGGCUCCGGGGGCAUCUGCAGGGGCUUGCCAGUGGCUCCUCCCCCACCCCCAAUGCCCUGUGCUCCCCAGGGGACGACAUCAGCUCCCUCCAACAGGAGAUCACCAUCCUGCGUGAGUGCCACCACCCCAACGUGGUGGCCUACAUUGGCAGCUAUCUCAGGAAUGACCGCCUGUGGAUCUGCAUGGAGUUCUGCGGAGGGGGCUCCCUGCAGGAGAUUUACCACGCCACCGGGCCCCUGGAGGAGCGGCAGAUUGCCUACGUCUGCCGAGAGGCACUGAAGGGGCUGCACCACUUGCAUUCUCAGGGGAAGAUCCACAGAGAUAUCAAGGGCGCCAACCUGCUCCUCACUCUCCAGGGAGAUGUCAAGCUGGCUGACUUUGGGGUGUCGGGCGAGCUGACGGCAUCGGUGGCCAAGAGGAGGUCUUUCAUUGGGACUCCGUACUGGAUGGCCCCCGAGGUGGCCGCUGUGGAGCGCAAAGGUGGCUACAACGAGCUGUGUGACGUCUGGGCCCUGGGCAUCACAGCCAUUGAGCUGGGCGAGCUGCAGCCCCCUCUGUUCCACCUGCACCCCAUGAGGGCCUUGAUGCUCAUGUCCAAGAGCAGCUUCCAGCCGCCCAAGCUGAGGGACAAGACUCGCUGGACCCAGAAUUUCCACCACUUCCUCAAGCUGGCCUUGACCAAGAACCCCAAGAAGAGGCCGACAGCAGAGAAGCUUCUACAGCACCCAUUCACAACGCAACAGCUCCCCCGGGCUCUCCUCACCCAGCUGCUGGACAAGGCCAGCGACCCCCACCUGGGCGCCCUCUCCCCGGAGGACUGUGACCUGGAGACUUACGACAUGUUUCCAGACACCAUUCACCCCCGGGGUCAUCACGGCCAGGCUGAGAGGACCCCCUCAGAGAUCCAGUUUCACCAGGUGAAGUUUGGCGCCCCACGCAGGAAGGAAACGGACCCACUACCUGAGCCGUGGGAAGAGGAGUGGACCCUGCUGGGCAAGGAGGAGCUGAGCGGGAGCCUGCUGCAGUCAGUCCAGGAGGCCCUGGAGGAAAGGAGCCUGACCAUCCGGCCAGCCUUGGAACUCCAGGAGCUGGACUCUCCAGACGAUGCCGUAGGAACCAUCAAGCGGGCCCCCUUGGGACCAGCUCCACAUGAGCCUCCACCUGAGGACUCUCUGUCCAGCCCCCCAGGAACCCCACCCCGACCUCUCUCAGGCUCGGACAGCCCCCCGCCUCUCCCCACCGCCUGGGCCACCAUGAAGCACCAGGAGGAUCCUGAGAGAUCGUCUUGCCAUGGGCUGCCCCCGACCCCCCAGGUGCAGAUGGGUGCCUGCUUCUCCAAGGUCUUCAAUGGCUGCCCCCUGCGGAUCCAUGCUGCUGUCACCUGGAUUCACCCUGGCACCCGGGAUCAGUUCCUGGUGGUGGGGGCUGAGGAAGGCAUCUACACCCUCAACCUGCACGAACUGCACGAGGACACACUGGAGAAGCUGAUCUCACACCGCUGCGCCUGGCUCUACUGUGUGAAUAAUGUGCUGCUGUCACUCUCAGGGAAAUCCGCGCACAUCUGGUCCCACGACCUCCCGGGCCUGUUUGAGCAGCGGCGACUGCAGCAGCAGGUUCCCCUCUCCAUCCCCACCAACCGCCUCACCCAGCGCAUCAUCCCCAGGCGCUUUGCCCUGUCCACCAAGAUUCCUGACACCAAAGGCUGCCUGCAGUGUCGUGUGGGUAAGAGCUGGGCUGGACGGACCAGGGCGGGGUUUGGGUGUGGGCCCAGCCAUGCCCACCGCCUGCCCCUCUCUGUUUUACCCGAGCACCCUUGCUGCCCCCAGAACUUCUCCAGCCCCUUGCCCAGCCCAGCAGGGAUGCUGGAGCCGCUGGUCCUGGAUGGGAAGGAGCUACCGCAGGUGUGUGUGGGGGCCGAGGGCCCUGAGGGACCUGGCUGCCGUGUCCUGUUCCAUGUGCUGCCCCUGGAGGCCGGCCUGACACCUGAUGUGCUCAUACCACCUGAGGGGCUCCCAGGCUCGGCCCAGCAGGUGGUCCAGGUGGACAGGGACACAGUGCUCGUCUGCUUUGACCGCUGCGUGAGGAUUGUCAACCUGCUGGGAGAGCCUACGGCCACACUGGCUCCUGUGCUGACCUUUGACUUCCCCAUUGAGACUGUGGUGUGUCUGCAGGACAGCGUGCUGGCCUUCUGGAGCCACGGGAUGCAAGGCCGCAGCCUGGACACCAACGAGGUGACCCAGGAGAUCACAGAUGAGACAAGGGUCUUCCGAGUGCUUGGGGCCCACAGGGACAUCAUCCUGGAGAGCAUUCCCACCGACAACCCGGGGGCACACAGCAACCUCUACAUCCUCACCGGCCAUCAGAGCAGCUACUGAGAGUGCAGGCCUAGCCAGUGCCCCCGCCCCCAUGCCUUACUGCAGCCCAUUAGACAGCGGGGCCCCUCCGAGGUCAGCAGAGCCCCGGCCCCCAGCUCUGCUGGGCUGAAGGGCAGAAGUAAUCCUGAGAAGUUUGGGGGCUGCGGAGGGGAGGAGCGCCCCUCCCUCACCCCUGCAAUAACUGGACCAGAGGAAGCUGCUGUCACCUCCCACCCCCCCACCCCCCCAGCAGCCCAGGUCCUAGUGCCCGUGGCAGAGGCCCUGGGUCGGGUGGGGGCAGGCCCUGGACGAUCCAUUCCAUGUUGUUCCGCAUUUCCUUUCCAUUCUUCCUGCCAAGAGCCUGCCCCUGCCCCCUGUCCUGGGAACAUAAUAUUUAAAAGAGAGAACUAUAUUGGUAUUAACGCUGGUUUGACUUUAUUCCACUGGUCCUUGUGGGUCAGGGGACCUAA